UUAAGUUGAUGGAAAGAGGAAUUGGAGGAAGGUGUUAUGAUAAUGUUAUAUUUCCAGACUCUGUUAAUAUGAUGCAAAAAUCUGGAUUUCCACUGAUGAUCAAACUGAUGGAUUAAAUAAAAACUAAUAACACACUGUAAUGUGCGGACCCUCAGAUUUUCUGUCUCAAUAUUUCCCUUUGUCAUUUGUUCAUUCAGGAACUCGUGCUGCAGUUUGUCAACGUAAAGUGAAAUCUGGUCUGAAGGAGAAGUUCCAGUGUGUGUUUGAGGGGAUUGCUAAAGCUGGAAACUCAACCCUUCUGAAUGAGAUCUACACAGAGCUCUACAUCACAGAGGGAGGGACUGCAGAGGUCAAUGAUGAACAUGAGGUCAGACAGAUUGAAACAGCAUCCAGGAAACCACACAGACCAGAAACAAGCAUCAGACAAGAAGACCUCUUUAAAGCCUCACCUGGAAGACAGGGACCAAUCAGAAGAGUGAUGACAAAGGGAGUGGCUGGCAUUGGGAAAACAGUCUUAACACAGAAGUUCACUCUGGACUGGGCUGAAGACAAAGCCAACCAGGACAUCCUCUUCAUAUUUCCAUUGACUUUCAGAGAGCUGAAUGUGGUGAAAGAGAGAAAGUUCAGCUUGGUGGAACUUGUUCAUCACUUCUUCACUGAAACCAAAGAAGCAGGAAUCUGCAGCUUUGAAGAGUUCCAGGUUGUGUUCAUCUUUGACGGUCUGGAUGAGUGUCGACUUCCUCUGGACUUCCACAAGACUGAGAUCCUGACUGAUGUUACAGAGUCCACCUCAGUGGAUGUGCUACUGACAAACCUCAUCAGGGGGAAACUGCUUCCCUCUGCUCACCUCUGGAUAACCACACGACCUGCAGCAGCCAAUCAGAUCCCUCCUGAGUGUGUUGACAUGGUGACAGAGGUCAGAGGGUUCACUGACCCCCAGAAGGAGGAGUACUUCAGGAAGAGGUUCAGAGAUGAGGAGCAGGCCAGCAGCAUCAUCUCCCACAUCAAGACAUCCCGAAGCCUCCACAUCAUGUGUCACAUCCCAGUCUUCUGCUGGAUCACUGCUACAGUUCUGGAGGAUGUGUUGGAAACCAGAGAGGGAAGAGAGCUGCCCAAGACCCUGACUGAGAUGUACAUCCACUUCCUGGUGGUUCAGGCCAAAGUCAAGAAGGUCAAGUAUGAUGGAGGAGCUGAGACAGAUCCACACUGGGAUGAAAAGAGCAAGAAGAUGGUUGAGUCUCUGGGAAAACUGGCUUUUGAUCAGCUGCUGAAAGGAAACCUGAUCUUCUAUGAAUCAGACCUGACAGAGUGUGGCAUCGAUAUCAGAGCAGCCUCAGUGUACUCAGGAGUGUUGACACAGAUCUUUAAAGAGGAGAGAGGCCUGUACCAGGACAAGGUGUUCUGCUUUGUCCAUCUGAGCGUUCAGGAGUUUCUGGCUGCAGUCUACAUGAUCCACUGUUACACCAACAGGAAGACAGAGGAGCUGCAGGAACUCCUGGGAAGAAACUACAAUAACUCACCUCUGGAUGAGUUUCUGAACGGAGUCAUGAUUAAAUCCCUGGAGAGUAAAAAUGGUCACCUGGACCUGUUAGUUCGCUUCCUUCAUGGCGUCUCUCUGGAGUCCAACCAGAGACUCUUAGGAGGUCUGCUGCGUCAGACAGGGAACAGUUCAGAAAUCAUCCAGAGAACCAUCAACAAGCUGAAGAAGAUGAACACUGGUAAAAUGUCUCCUGACAGAAGCAUCAACAUCUUCCACUGUCUGAUGGAGAUGAACGACCUCUCAGUUCAUCAGGAGAUCCAAGAGUUCCUGAAGACAAGGAACAGAUCAGAGAAGAAACUUUCUGUGAUCCACUGCUCAGCUCUGGCCUACAUGCUGCAGAUGUCAGAGGAGGUUCUGGAUGAGUUGGACCUGGAGGACUACAACACAUCAAUGGAGGGACGACGGAGACUGAUCCCAGCUGUGAGGAACUGCAGAAAGGCUCGACUUCAUAACUGUGAACUCUCAGAGAGUCACUGUGAAGUUGUGGCCUCAGCUCUGAAGUCCAACCCCUCCCAUCUGAAACAUCUGGACCUAUGUUAUAACAACCUGGAGGAUUCAGGAGUGAAGCAUCUGUCUGCUGGACUGGAGAGUCCAAACUGUGAACUGGAGACUCUGAGAUUGAGUUACUGCAGUUUGUCAGAGAUCAGCUGUGAUUCUCUGGUCUCAGCUCUGAAGUCCAACCCCUCCCAUCUGAAACAUCUGGACCUGACCAACAACAACCUGAAGGAUUCAGGAGUGAAGCAGCUGUGUGGUUUUCUGGAGAGUCCAGACUGUAGACUGGAGACUCUGGGGUUGAUUAACUGCAGUUUGUCAGAGAUCAGCUGUGAUUCUCUGGGACCAGCUCUGAAGUCCAACCCCUCCCAUCUGAAACAUCUGGAUCUGAGAGGAAACAACCUGAAGGAUUCAGGAGUGAAGCAGCUGUGUGGUUUUCUUGAGAGUCCAGACUGUAGACUGGAGACUCUGAGAUUGGUCAACUGCAGUUUGUCAGAGAUCAGCUGUGAUUCUCUGGUCUCAGCUCUGAAGUCCAACCCCUCCCAUCUGAAACAUCUGGACCUGAGUGACAACAACCUGAAGUAUUCAGAAGUGAAGCAGCUUCUUGAUCUUGAGAAGAGUCCAGACUAUAAACUGGAG